CUUGGUAUUUGCUAAAGCUAAACAUAAAAAUGUGAUAAAAGCGUUUGGAUGUUAAUGAAGCCCAACAAACAUCAUCAAUUAUUAACAAACGUUUAUAAUUGGUUAAAUGGUAUUGUUCUGCAAGUCAAUCACAAGAGAAAAUGUCAAAUCCUAUGAGACAACUCGAAGAACGCCAUUUGGCGACGAAGGUGGAUUUGUUGGUAUGGUCCAAUAAAAUGGAUCUGCUGGCAUUGUCAAAUGCAAAGGGAGAAGUUUCACUGCAUAGGCUCAGUUGGCAGAAAGUCUGGUCUCUUUCACCGCCAAAAGAAGAAGUCUUGGUAAAAGGAAUUGCUUGGAGACCAGAUGGAAAAGUAAUUGCAAUUGGGUAUAGCAACAAUGAUAUUCUGUUGGUCAAUGUGGAGAACAAAGACAUCAUUCAUAAAUCAAACUGUUCCGUUGGAGAAGAAUCAAUGAUUUCAUUUUUAGCAUGGCUUGAGGAAAAAGGGACUACAAGUACAAUGAACCAAAACACAAUACUUCAUGAAAAAUCAUCAGUCUAUCUGCCAAAACUGCCACCGAUUUCAAGGACUUACAGUUCGAUAAGCGAAGAAACAAAUGAGGAAUACGAAGAUACUAAAAAAGUGAUUGAUCAGAAGGAUCUAAACUUUCUCAUUAUCGUUUUGAACAAUGGACAACUGUUUAUGAGUGUGUUUGGACUUUUUGCGUGUGGAGUUAUAAAUCUACCUGAGAACCUGCGUGGAAAUUCCAUUAUUGCAAGCGUGGAAAUGAGCUCGGACUUAAAAAAUAUUUUUGUUUUUAUCACAACUGAGAACUCAUUGAAAGUCGUCAUAUUUGACACAUUUGUUCUUUCCUCUUAUUGCAGAGAGAUACACGCUCUAGCCUACAAGUAUGGUCAGAUUAUGAGUCUAAUGGAUUAUUUAGAAAAUACAAUGCAUGCUAUAACAGAGGCUUAUGAAAACAUGCUACUUUUAGAAAUGGAAUCGAAACUAUCCCAUUAUGCAGAUUCUAUGCCUGAAGGGUCUGUCUCUGCUGAUUUUCUAGAGCUUUUGAUGUUUGGAAUUACAUCUGAUCCUUUAGAAACAUUUCUUCUUCAAGACCUUACUGAUAAAGGUAUCAAAAAGUUAAGUCACAGUAUAGAGUUAAGCCAUUUUAACAUUCAAAAAUUGAUACUGAAACAUUUGCAAGCGGUUGGCCAAAAUAUUGCUUUUCAUCUCUCCGACUUGAGAGGAAUGGCAAGGCUGACGGAAAGAUUCAGAGUUUUAGGACUAGAUGAAUUUGUUAUAACAAAGAGUUUUACAGAAAAUGGAUCAUUUUUAGUUAAAGCAAGUGAAGUUUCACUAGUGAUAGACGACUCUUCAAAAAAAUACAAAGCCCUCUUUAAAUGGUUGUAUGAAAUAAUUUUAAGGCUUACAGAUGAUCACAUAGCUGAUUUGACUUUACCUGGAGUCAGUGAACAAGACAUAUCGUUCAUUGCAGAUUAUUUAUACAACUUAGAAGGCAAUGUUGUAAAAGGUAAAAAGAAGAGAUGCUACUUGGACCAUCUUGGCCAGUAUUUUAUCGAUCAAGAUUUGACCCAUCCAGUGCCUUUGGAUAAAAACCCAUGGGAAAAAUUUUUGGAAAAAAACCCCUGUUUGCAAAACAACCCAUCAAUUAUAAAAAGAUGCCCAAAUAAUUCGUUAGUCCAGCAGUAUAAACGUUUACAAGUUAUUAUUGAAGAGGCAUUUAAACAUCCCCAAAAGGCUAUUGGAGAUAAAAUCACAGUCAGUUCAGUCAUCAAUUUAUUUUCGGUACCAAACAGUCUGUCAGUAAGGGUUUCAAUGAAGCAUUGUUUACAAGAGGAAAGAUUAAUAAUUGCAGUAAUACCACAAAAAGAUGUUACCCACUUCAUUUACAUUAGUGUUAAUGUUGUAGAUAAUUCCUUUCAAAAGUGUUUUGUUUAUUUUAAAUCGCGCGAUUUAGAGUUUGGACUGAAAGCGAUCGAUCUGCAGAUUUAUACAAAAGAGCUGAUUUCGGUUUUGUUAGAACAACCGGGAGAGGAGAGGGGAGCAGUUUUUGUACAAAUGCCCAUCAGGUCUUUACAAGAAUGUUCUGUCGCAAGCCAUUUGCCGGACAAAUACAUCGAUGGGUCUCAGCUGGUUGAAGCCGGAGCUCUCAGACCGAUAGACAACAUGGUCGCUUGCAAACUUGCAGUCAGUGGUGUACGCAAAGUUGCAGUUUUAUUGUCUACAAACAUGCACAAAGUGCGAACAUAUGAGAUGGAAGUCGAAGAAGAUGAGGAAGAGGAAGAUAUGGAAACAACCAGAGAAAGUGAAAAUAGCUCUCAACAACAAAGUAUAUAAACUGAUAAAAUGUUAUCAAUUAUGUGACAUAUUUUCUUCUUCAGAGUGCUGUAAAUAUAACAGAGUUUUUAAUUAA